AUGGACGCUGAUUACGAAGGAUUCUCCAUCAGAGAGUACACGCGUAACAUAAGGAGUGUUGAGUUGCGGAAAUGCUGGCCCUUCCCCGGAGAGGCUACCGGAGAUCUUAUUCAGUCGCUUCUUCCUCCGUUGACUGUUGCCAAGUUCCGCUGGUGGUCUCAUGAGCUAGCUUCGCUGCUUACGAAAUCCCCGGUGACGCCGGAUGAUUCCGAGUCGGCUUUUCGGCGGAAGGCCAAGGCAAAGUCUAGUCCGUGUAAGAAACGCUCCAUCGUCGAGAUUUUUGCGGAGGCGCCGCAGAUCCAAGUAGCACUCAGGGAAGACGAAAGAGAUGACUCAGACGGUUCAAAGAGAAAGAGAAAGAGAAUGAAUGAUGUCGUGCUGCAGAAGAAGAUUAAAGGCAAGAAGCCCAAAGAUUCGACAGGGGAGGAAAUAUUUCAGAUUUCUCCCAAAUCAGUCACUCAAGAUUGGGAUUCUGAGUUCCAGAUUCCUGGAAUCUUAAAGGCUAAAAGGAAAGUCUGCUCCUUGAGGAGUCCUGAUAAGUCCAGUAUCGAUGAUUCUCGGCAUGUCGGUUUCUCUGAUCCAAGUGAGAUAUUCUCUCAUUUCUUCUCUGUAGAACUCUGCUGCUCGCAAAUGAAUCGGUUAAGUCUCUUUUCCGCCGAGGAUCAAUCAUCAUCUGGGAAUGACAAGAAAAGGAAGGUUAUAUCAAAUGAUCAGACCAGUGACAAUAUGCAGUUAGAAUCCAGGCAGUUUCAUCCUGUGGUUUCAGAGAGACGGUUAAGUCAUGCAAGAGCAAAAUCUGGCUUGUCGUGUUUUCCUAAACCACACCUCUCACUGGAAAGAAUUAAGGAUGCAUUGGAUUUGGAGAGACAGGGGCAUGUGGUGGCUCAACCUAUCUCUACUUCGAGUGAGAGCCCUUACGGAAGUUGUUCUUCCUCGUCUCAACUUGAAUCAGCUGAUAUGCAAUGCGGGACAUUGCUCAACGAAUCACCUUUUGAUCCACUUCUCGUGGAAUGGAUGCAACAACAAUCAGUUUUUAAUACACGACAAAGGCAUGUAGAAGUAGAAGAGGCGGUCUCAGGGUUCCCUCUCAAUUUACAAGGUGAACUAGUCGAAACAGAUGGAGAUGGUCGUACACGUUUUGAUCGGUCACGUUUAGGAAAUGGUUCCUCUAGAUCUGCAUCUGCAGAAAAUGAUGCCAUACUCAGGAAUUUAGUGGACUUUUCCAGUGUAAAGAAACAUUCAACUGAGACAGAGAUUGCCAAAGAUGUCGGAAGGUCCUCUGUUCAUCAUCAGAAACGCCAUAACUACUAUCCAGCUAGGUUAGGCAUUGAUGAGACCUUCACCGAGAAAGCAUUUUUCAUCUCGGACACUAAUGAUGGAGAGUGUCAUCAAACUGUUCUUUCCCCGGUUUCUCAAGUCAAUCCGAGGAGCCACACAAUGAAUCUGAAUCAAAGUUUUAGUAGCAGAAAUAUGGUGGCAAACCGUGAUGGCUUGUGUUUACAUAACAGUCAAGCAACAAUGCGGCUGAUGGGCAAUGAUGUUUCUGUUGGCACAAGUUACUCAGAUAUGGUUAGAACAGGCGAGAGGAUCAUAGCACCAGAUGCUUCAAUGGGGAGAUAUACUCAGCAGAGCUGGUUAUGGCGAACCACAGCGCUUGGUAUUUUAGAAAAUCAUUCAACCACAACGUUGGAUAAGAAUUGGAACAUAAACAUGUUGUGUGAUACAUCAAAGGAUCCUUAUCCUUGGCUUUGUGAACCACAUGUCGGCUUGGCUCGACAAGUCAGAACAGCUGUUGUUCCUGAUUCAGGUUAUCCUCCCACAAUCUUGCAUCCGUGUGUCUCACUCGCGUCUUUUCCAUUGGCUGAUAAAGAUCUUUUCAGCUUCCAUGAAUCUGGUUUGGAGCAGCAACUGAACAGUGUCACAUUCAGCCAGCAGCAACUACUACCUUUUCUAUCUAAUCCCGAGAUUAAUGGUCUGCCUUCUGAUUACAGCAAUGUCGGUAUUGGUCUCUUACCCGAUGCUAGAAACCCAUCUUUAGGUUUGCCUUUCUCGUGCACAGAUUCUACUAGACAGGCAAAGCCUCAUUGGCCACCAAGCUCCUAUGAGAGCUCUCGUUCGACAGAGCAACUAGUAUCUUUGUAUGGGUCCAGGUCGUCUUCUCGCAUAAACGUUGGAAAAGCAAAUAAGCAUCUAUAG